AUUAAAUUGGAUUGUUGGGUUGGGAGGUUAUUUGUUAUUUUUAACAAUCACUCAAUAAUGAAUUACAUUUAGUAAUAGUAGGUUUGUAAAUAUCAAAAUGACUACUAGACUCUUCGGACGAAUUAUUAUGCCAAUAAUUAUAAACACACGUACAAUUCCCAUAAAUCUAAUACGCGGUAGCGGAAAAUUGGUUUCCACUUCUGUGACUUUAUCACAAGUUAGAAACUAUGCUAAAAGCAAAGACAGAGGAAAAGACAAAAAAGGUAAAGGAGGAGGAAAAGUGGAGAUCAACCCUACUGUAAUGUCAGAGUUAGUGCCAGUGGAAAAGAUCAAAGAAAGAUGCCUGAGUGCUAUUGGUAACAUGAAGGAGGACUUCGCUAAGAACCUAUCUCUCCGAUCGACUACCGGUGCUAUAGACUCUUUACCUGUUAAGUAUGAUGGUAAAAGCUAUGAGUUACAAGAACUCGCACAAAUCGUACGAAAAAACCCAAAAACUAUUGUUAUAAAUUUUGCAUCCUUCCCUCAAGUUAUACCUGAUGCUUUAAAAGCUAUUUAUAACUCUGGACUCAAUUUAAAUCCUCAGCAAGAUGGAACAACGCUAUAUGUCCCUGUACCUAAAGUCACAAAGGAGCACCGAGAAGCAUUGGCAAAAAAUGCCAAAGCAAUGUACAUUAAAUGUAGGGACACAGUGAAAGAUAUACAAAAUGAAUAUAUUAAGAAGACCAAAAAACAGAAUGGUGUGUCAGAGGAUUUAGUUUUUAAUGUAAAUAAACAAAUAUCAGCUUUAUGUGAACAAUACUUAGAGGAAGCAAAAAAUGUCUACAAUGCAAAGCAUGAUGAACUUUUGGGUACUGGUAAAUGAUUCCAAAGGUCACUAAGCUGAACUCAUGAUACAUUUGUGUCGAAGUUUUUCAUUUUAAUUUCAUUUCAAACUUCUGUAUUCAGAAACAAUAACAUAACAAGACUGGAUUACUUGCAGACUGCAUGUCUCGUUUGAGUUUUCUGCCAUAUUUUUUGCAUUUGUUAAAUUAAUGUCUAAUUUUUAGUUGUUUUCUGCAAAUUAGAUCUAUAUAAAUA